AUGCCGAAACCCAAGUCCUUCCUCAAGGAUACGAAAUCGAAGAAGUCCGCGCAACAGCAGGCUCCUCGAACGGCAGACGAUUUUCUAGCCGUCGGAGUCGAGCAGGAAGAAGCGGGCGAGAAAUGGCGCGCCGGCGACGCGGCAAAAUCUCUGCGGUUCUUUAUGCGUGCUAUUGCUACAUACGAUGAAGGGUUGCAGAGGCAUCUUAACGCGUUUGAUUUGGCGUAUAACAAGGCGAGAGUUCAAUACGAGAUCACGCAACAUCCGAGACUAGCUGCACAACUGACGACUUCGCUGGCGGAGGUUCUGAGCGUAGCCUUGCAUUCACACCGAGUGGCUCUGCAAUUGGAGCAGGAUAAUGCAGACGCGCUCUUCAAUACAGCCCAGGUUUUAACGAGUCUUGCAGAGGUAGUUACCGAUACGAAGCGUCCGGUGGAGGAACAACUCAACCAAGGGGCCAAGUUUCUGCAGGAAGCGAUAGAGCUCUUCCAGCGGUGCCUUGUACUCCAGGAAUUGAAGUAUACUGAGAUGCAGGAGCAGAUUAGGCAGAUGGAGACCGGGGAGGCACAGCAGCCUCAGCAGGCGCAAGAUGUGCUACAAAGCCCUGAUACUGGCGAACCGAAAGACUCGGAACAAGAGCAAUGGGCUGCUGUUGUUGAGCCUGUAACCAAGGACACGCUUGUGGACACGGCCAUAGCACAGUUAGACGCGCUUGCAACACUUUGCAACCUCCUGACGUAUGAUCCUGGCGUUGGGCUCAAUUGGGUUGAAGAGUAUUCUACCGAUCUGCUCCAAGAAAAGAUUUCCGCAUACGUGGAGGGCUCGACCCGGCACUAUGAGGCGGAAUUGGCUCGGGCAAGAUUCAAUGCUGCUUUGAACGAGGUCCUCUACCGAAGCGGACGAACAGAUGUCGAGACAUAUGCCGCUGUGGUGAAUCCCUUCGCGCCGAAUUUGGAUAUCUCAGCAGAUCCAGGAGCCCAAUGCGCUAAAGCUGAUGCGCUUGUAUCAUUCAACACAGCCACCGCAGAACAGCCUCCUUAUCACGAUCCAGAAGCCUUCAAAAAGUCCCUUGGCCUCAGAUGGCAGGCAUUAUCCGCUGCCGUAGAUGCGUUGACCAAAGCGUCCAAACUUCCGGAUGCCGAAAAUCUGCCCAAGAUCCAUCUCGCAAGAGGUGACACUGAAAUGAGCAGAUGGAGGCUUGGUUUCCCGCCCUGGGAGCAUGGGAUGGCCCAACAGUAUGGACCAACCCUGCUUCGAAAUGCUCAAACGUACUAUCGAGGCGCCGCGGCAUUGGCUCGUAGAGAGGGGUCUGGUGACGAAGAGCGCGACGGAACAUGCAAAGAAGCAAUCGCAGCCGCUAUCGAGGGCCAAACGGAGAAACUGGCUCAACUCAAGGGUACGGCACCCAAAGAGCUGCUAGUCGUUGCUGAGGACAUGGUGGAGGAAGGUUGGGUCAACGGGUCUGACAUGGAGGCCCUUUUGUCGUAG